AUGUAUGAACCCCGUGUAUCAACGCCGUGUAUCGCCUCUGUGUAUCGCCUCCGUGUAUCGCCUCCGUGUAUCGCCUCCGUGUAUCGCCUCCGUGUAUCACCACCGUGUAUGAACCCCAUUAAACUACGGGAGGCUACAGGUGUGGAGAUCAGUAUGAGAGUGGGCGUGCACUCCGACAACGUUCUCUGUGGCGUAAUUGGUCUACAGAAGUGGCAGUACAAUGUCUGGUCACAUGACGUGACCCUGGCCAAUCAUAUGGAGUCUGGGGGCAUGCCAGGGCGUGUCCACAUCACAGUGGAGACACUGGGUCACUUAGAUGGGGCAUACCAAGUGGAGGACACUGACGGGGGGAGCUGGGACUCUCUGCUAAAGGGGAGGAAAACCUACCUGGUGGUCGACCCCCAUAAGGAAGUUACCACCUCUAAGAAGAAGGAAGAGGUGUGUGCAAUGUGCAUGUUUUAGAACCUGUUGUUGUGUGUAUUGAUGUGUUUAUGUACAGUACCAGUCAAAUGUUUGGACACACCUACUCAUUCCAGGGUUUUUCUUUAUUUUUACUGUUUUCUACAUUGCAGAAUAAUAGUGAAAA